AUGCACCCCUUCUCAGUCCUGACCCUCGGCAUCUUCGUAGCAGGCUACAUCACCGCUCGAUGGGAUCUUGUUACCCGCCUGUAUGAACUUGCCAUCUUUGCCUGGGACUACGGAGUGGUUUCUCGGGCCGCCAAAGCCUACGCCGUGCUUAGCCUGGUGUUCCUCGUCAUCUUCCUCCCCGUGGAACGUCUUGCGACCCGCGAGGCCAACUUACAUCCACGGUCGACGGGGUCCGGUAUAUCGGCCAGAGAGCAGUUGAGACGGCGGGGAUCUUUUUAA